AUGCUAGAUGCCCCGAUUGGAGACAUCCAAUUUUCUUAUAACAUUGAUAUCCAGCUUCAACGAGCUUCAACCAGCUCUCAAACUAUUGCAUCUAACCUUGUCACUGGAUUGUGUCAUUAUGGCAUUCAGCCCUUCCAAAUUGGCAUUCAGCCCUCUCACAAUGGCGUCCAGCCAUCUCAGAUUGGCAUCCAGCCAUCUCACAUUGGCAUCCAGCCAUCUAACAUUGGCAUCCAGCCAUCUCACAAUGGCAUCCAGCCAUCUAACAUUGGCAUCCAGCCAUCUCACAAUGGCAUCCAGCCAUCUAACAUUGGCAUCCAGCCAUCUCAAAUUGGCAUCCAGCCAUCUCAAAUUGGCAUCCAGCCAUCUCACAUUGGCAUCCAGCCAUCUAACAUUGGCAUCCAGCCAUCUAACAUUGGCAUCCAGCCAUCUCAAAUUGGCAUCCAGCCAUCACAAAUUGGCAUCCAGCCAUCUCACAUUGGCAUCCAGCCAUCUCACAUUGGCAUCCAGCCAUCUCACAAUGGCAUCCAGCCAUCUAACAUUGGCAUCCAGCCAUCUCACAUUGGCAUCCAGCCAUCUCACAAUGGCAUCCAGCCAUCUCACAUUGGCAUCCAGCCAUCUCACAAUGGCAUCCAGCCAUCUAACAUUGGCAUCCAGCCAUCUCAAAUUGGCAUCCAGCCAUCUCACAUUGGCAUCCAGCCUCCCCUUAGUGGCGUGUAA